GCCACCAGUUCGGCGGCCAAGCCAUUUGACUCGUGGUCAGGUGGGGAUUGGGAGCCAACUGCAGCUGCUGCUGCUGCGGGUGUUUAUAGCCCAAGAAUGAGGCGUGUUUCUGAGCCACCAAAAUUCACGGCGGCUAAGCGCCCACAUCAACUACUGCACCAACAUUUUAUCGAAGAUAGAAAAUCUUCACUGGAAGAUAGACGCAAAUCUCGUGAAAAUAGCAGCGAAAGCGGCAGCGGCACUAGCGUUUGCGCCUGUAUUGAGCAACAGUUGCACAUGGCACAGAAACUGGCGAGGAAGCAGCAAAACUACGACGACAUAUUAAUGGUUGGUGACUGGUGGAAUGUGGUAUUUGCUGCAUUGUAA